UGCAUACAAAUCUGCCAUUGAUUUUCAUAAUGUUUCUGCGGUGUUUGAAAACCAAUCGUUUGAACCUCUGAGAUCUUACCUAAGUGAACCACUCCUACGCAUCUAAGUGCUCCAAACUGAUAUAUGACAAUAUCUACUUUGGAUCACGUGUUCCUCCGGAGCGACUAAGACGGAUCGCGCGUCAUCUCGCCUUCCCAAAUUUUUUCCCCUCCGCACAUCGGAUCCAAAACAUCUAUCUAUAGGAGCGAGAAAAGGAGAAAGAUGUUUAACUCAGUGAAUCUGGGCAACUUCUGCUCCCAGUCGCGUAAAGAGAGGAGCGCUGAGUUUGGAGAGCGGGCGGGUUGCGCUUCCAACCUCUACCUCCCCAGCUGUACCUAUUACGUCCCCGAAUUUUCAACUGUGUCAUCUUUCCUGCCACAGGCCCCCUCUCGCCAAAUCUCCUACCCGUACUCCACCAACCUCUCGCAGCCCGUGCGAGAGGUCUCCUAUGGUCUAGACCCCUCCAGUAAAUGGCACCAUAGAAGCAAUUACGCGUCGUGUUAUUCCGCAGAAGAUCUGAUGCAUAGAGAGUGCAUCCCGCCUUCCACCAUGACCGAAAUGCUAAUGAAAAACGAGAGCGCGUACAGCCACCACCACCCCAGCUCCAACCACCCGGCACCGACGGGAUUCUACGGCGGCAUGAACAAAAACACGGUCCUGCCCCAAGGCUUCGACCGCUUCUUCGAAAACGCGUAUUGCGGGGCGGAAAACCCGACCGAAAGCUGCGGGCAGAAGGGAGAGGGCAAAGGGGAGACUGAGCCCCAAAGCCACGCGCUGUCAUCCCGCGGAGAGACGGGGAUGGACCCGGAAGACGAAGAGGAGAACACAACUCCCGGCUCUUCAGCCUCGUCCUCCUCUGUCAACAAGGAAGGAAGCAAAAGCAGCAAUUCGAGUAGGUAGAGCAGUAAACGGAAAGGUUAAGGGACUAGCCCGUGUGUUUUGUCGGUCAAAUUUUAUGUGGA